CUCUGGUGCACACACGCGGAACACGCUCUUGGUCACAUGACCCAAGGAGGAAGUGCUGGGUAAACAAUUGAAAUAAAAAAUGUCUGCACCGUCGCGGGGAGACUCAGGUGCUGACACUGAUCAAAUAUUAGACACUGGAGCAGCUUUACUAAAAGAUUUUAUCGUGGAUCGAGUACGUCGCCAUGGUACCGAGGAUGUGACCGUCACUUAUACCCAACUGGGUGGAACUGAGCUGUGCGACCCAGCCCAAAAGCAACUUGCCCAGUGUCUCCAACGAAUAGGGGAUGAACUGGAUAGUAAUGUAGAACUACAGAGCUUGAUCAACAGCUCAGCCUUACAGCCCACCAAGGAGGUGUUCAUCCAGGUUGCCUGCCAGAUUUUCUCUGAUGGCAAGUUUAACUGGGGCAGGGUGGUGGCCCUCUUCUAUUUUGCCUGCCGGCUGGUCAUCAAAGCACUUGUGACAAAGGUCCCUGAGAUCAUUCGAACCAUCAUAAGCUGGACAAUGGACUACAUCAGGGAUCAUGUGAUCAACUGGAUCAGGGAGCAAGGAGGCUGGGAGGGUAUCAAGUCCUACUUUGCAACGUCAAAGUGGCAAACAGCAGGAGUGAUUCUAGCCAGUGUCCUUGCCACUGUUUUGGUCCUCCGCAAAAUGUGAAGAGAAACGGUGGGAUGGAAAGGGAUAGGGUCACAAUAGGAUUGUUGCAAGAGAAAAAAGAGAGGGAGAAAUAACAGAGAGGGUCAAAUGUGUGGACAUCUGUUUCUGUCUUCUGAGUGAUGAAGAACUACUCCACUUCAUCUCUCCUCCACAGGGGGGAAGCUGAUUGGCUGCCUUUGCACUGAAGAAGAGUGUAAUCAACUGACAGAGAUGAGCACCUCUCAUACCUGGCUUUCUCAAUGAGAGUCUUUUAAUCUUCCUGUUGCUUGAAAGAGAGUAAUACGAGUGUAAGUGAGAAUGAGAUAACUAUAUUUUAAUGGAAGUUGACGAUGAAGAAAGAUUUCCUUCCAUAUCCAUAUUUUCCCACAACCCUGUCCAGGUCACCUACUUUACCAAUUUUCAUCAGUUUUCUCCAUCAACCUCUAUGACUACCUCUCUUUUCCAAACUGUCUCUGUGCUUUGCCAUAUAUAACACUUUCAUAUAUGCAUGUGGGUGUUCCAGGCACAGACAUUUUGUAUAGUGAAAUUACUUCACAUUGUUCAAAUGCAGUUAUUCAGUACUGUGCAGAUUCAACAUAGUGUCAGUUUAUGUUCACUGUACCACACUGGGAUUAUUUAGAAACUCUAAAAUUCUAUCCAUAUUUGUUUCUUACUUUUAUAGAAUACGUUUCAGUGAUUUCAGUGUGAACAAGAAUAUAACUCUGUUUCAAGCUGUCAGUGCCUUGAGCUUUUUUUUUUGAAUAGGGAGUGACAUGUCUUCAUUUUCCCUGAUAAAAAUAAGUUACUGGUAUAGAAAAGCAAAAAAUGUUUUUUUUUUCAAAUUCCAGGUUCUGCAAUCUACUACUCAAAUGUGGAUAUUUCUUUUCUAUUUUAUCUUCAUAACAUUUUAUACCUACAAAUAAAUCAUAGCUGCAAGCAGCGAUUAAAGAGCAAAGCACUAUUGGUAACAAUGAAGCCAGUGAAUAUAAAGCCAGUUUGCAGUGCCUCAAUGUGGAUUUGUUUUAGCUAAAGUGGAUGUUGUGCAUUCAAGUAUGUUUUGGGGGAAAAAAUCAAAUUUGUUUUGAAGUUUGGAGAAUUUUCUUAUUAUAGCAUCUGUUAUUUUAUUAUCAUUUAAAAUUUAUUUUGGACUAGUGAUA